AUGGGUGUAAAUCAUUGUGGUUUAGUGGCGCUUUUGGCUCUUUCAAUUUCAAUAGUUGAGAUAUCAUCGAAAUUUGAGUUCACAAAUAUCAUGUGCAAUUCUUUGGAUAAACAGUUUUCCGACUUUGAGUAUUGCUACAUAAAGUCGGUUAAUCGUAGCUACAAGUAUGUGUCGAUCAAAGCAAAAUUAUUUAAAACGCCAAUUACCAAAAUCAACGGAGUAAUUCUCAAACGAUUUAAUGGAUAUAAUGGCUAUAGACCUUUCAUGUUCAAUAUCACAUUGGAUGCAUGUAGAUUCAUGAACAACACAAAGUCGAACCCGAUAGCCAGUUACCUUUAUGAUUUCAUUAGGCCCUUCACCAACAUGAAUCACAACUGCCCCUACGAUCACGAUCUCGUGAUCGAAAAACUACCCAUACACUUCGUUAAUCACCAGGUGACAAAGGUCCUUCCCGUUCCUGAAGGGGAUUACCUAUACGAAACAAAUUGGAUGGCCUACGACAUAAGGAGGGCUGUGGUCAAAGUGUACGGAACUAUAUCCUGA